GGGGCGGGCGCGCUGCGGCGGUCGCUGCUGCUGCUUCCUCGGGCCAUUUUGCUCCGCGCGAAGAGACGAGAGGUGGAGAGCCAAGGCUAGAGGAGGCGCGGGCCAGAGGAAACGGUGGGCGGCGUGCUUUCCGCAUUCGCAGCGUCCGGAGGGGCUCAGCGAUCGCCGGCGAAGGGGGUCGGGGGCCCCUUCCCGGUCCCUGCACCAUGAGCUGGGGCACCGAGCUCUGGGAUCAGUUUGACAACUUAGAAAAACAUACGCAGUGGGGCAUCGAUAUUCUUGAAAAGUACAUCAAGUUUGUCAAGGAGAGGACUGAGAUUGAGCUCAGCUAUGCCAAGCAGCUCAGGAAUCUUUCAAAGAAAUACCAACCCAAGAAGAACUCUAAGGAAGAAGAAGAAUACAAGUACACGGCAUGUAAAGCGUUUCUUUCCACCCUGAAUGAGAUGAAUGACUAUGCCGGGCAGCACGAGGUCAUCUCCGAGAACAUGACGUCACAGAUCACGGUAGACCUGAUGCGAUAUGUGCAGGAGCUCAAGCAGGAAAGGAAAUCGAACUUCCAUGAUGGACGGAAGGCCCAGCAGCACAUCGAGACGUGCUGGAAGCAGCUGGAGUCGAGUAAGAGGCGGUUUGAGCGCGACUGCAAGGAGGCCGACCGGGCACAGCAGUACUUCGAGAAGAUGGACGCCGACAUCAAUGUGACCAAGGCGGACGUGGAAAAGGCACGACAGCAAGCUCAGUUACGUCACCAAAUGGCAGAGGACAGCAAAGCUGAGUACUCCUCCAUCCUUCAGAGAUUCAACCAGGAGCAAUGGGAAUACUACCAUACCCACAUCCCCAACAUCUUCCAGAAAAUACAAGAGAUGGAGGAAAGGCGGAUUGUACGCAUCGGAGAGUCCAUGAAGACGUACGCAGAGGUGGACCGGCAGGUGAUACCCAUCAUCGGGAAAUGCCUGGACGGUAUAGUGAAGGCGGCCGAGUCUAUUGACCAGAAAAACGACUCCCAGCUGGUCGUCGAAGCCUACAAGUCAGGGUUCGAGCCUCCUGGAGACAUUGAGUUUGAAGACUACACACAGCCCAUGAAACGCACGGUGUCGGAAAACAGCCUUUCCAGCGCCAAAGAAGGCAAGCCGGAGCUCAAGUUUGGCGGCAAGUCCAGAGGCAAGCUGUGGCCGUUCAUCAAGAAAAACAAGCUUAUGUCCCUUUUAACAUCCCCCCAUCAGCCUCCCCCUCCUCCCCCUGCCUCUGCCUCACCCUCUGCUGUUCCCAACGGCCCCCAGUCUCCCAAGCAGCAAAAGGAACCCCUCUCCCACCGCUUCAACGAGUUCAUGACCUCCAAACCCAAAAUCCACUGCUUCCGGAGCCUAAAGCGUGGGACUCAGUCUUUGUGUUAUCACAAAGAGCUCAUGAAGAGGACUCUAGGGAAACCCACGCAUGCCUUCGAGGCUAGGGACUAUGUUCUUUCUCUCAAGCUGGGUGCCACACCAGAAGACUUCAGCAACCUCCCCCCUGAGCAGAGGAGGAAAAAGCUGCAGCAGAAAGUUGAUGAGCUCAAUAAAGAGAUCCAAAAGGAGACGGAUCAGAGGGACGCCAUCACCAAAAUGAAAGACGUGUACCUAAAGAACCCUCAGAUGGGAGACCCGGCCAGCUUGGACCACAAACUCGCUGAAGCCACCCAGAACAUAGAGAAACUGCGGCUAGAGACGCAGAAGUUUGAGGCCUGGCUGGCUGAGGUGGAAGGCAGACUCCCAGCACGGAGUGAUCAGGCUCGCCGGCAGAGUGGACUGUACGACGGUCAGACACACCAGACGGUCACUAAUUGCGCCCAGGACCGGGAGAGCAGCCCAGAUGGUAGUUACACAGAAGAGCAAAGCCAGGAGAGCGAGCUCAAGGUGCUGGCCACGGAUUUCGACGAUGAGUUUGAUGAUGAGGAGCCGCUUCCUGCCAUCGGGACCUGCAAAGCCCUCUAUACAUUUGAAGGUCAGAAUGAAGGCACCAUUUCCGUGGUAGAAGGAGAAAUGCUGAGCGUCAUUGAGGAGGACAAGGGCGAUGGGUGGACUCGUAUCCGCAGAAAUGAAGACGAGGAGGGCUAUGUCCCUACCUCCUACGUCGAAGUCUAUUUAGACAAAAACGCCAAAGGUGCUAAGACUUAUAUUUAAUCCACUUAAAACCAAACAAACCCUUUAAAGGCACUGGAGUUGUCUCUCCCCACCACUUUGGCUGUUAUAGGCCUUCAAGAGGCCAGCAGAGAGCAAGUGACACAGACACUUGGGAAACUGGGCCACCUCGUGCCUGAGUUUGCUUGUCCAACCUGACUAUGUGCAGAGCUGCCACCGGCCUGCUUACAACUGUGUCGUUUGAAAUCUGAUCAGUGUUUCUAUUCCUUCCAACAAAUAUGUAGGUUUUUAGACUGUAUGGUGGUUCAUGUCUAUAGCCCUAGCACUCAGGAGGGUAAGUGACGAGCAUCCCACCGAGUUUCAGGCUAUCCUGGGCUACAGAGUAAGACUUGGUAAAAAACAAAUAAAAGUUACAUUUGUUACUUCAUCAAUGGAACUGAGUAACAUCUUACAGACCUUGAGUAAAGACUAUUAACAUUUUUUAAUUUUCUUGGUGCCCAUGCCCAGUGCUGCUCAGGUCCUCCUGUUAUCUUUUAUUGUCUGAGUGUCCAAACAACCAAGACAUGUCCAGAAAGGUGUGCUUCUGGCACAAUUUAACUUUGACUUGACAUUACAGUUUUCUGGCCCCACCUGAUGGGCGUAGGCCAAUGGUAGGGUGUCUUCAAGCUAUUGAGGCGGUUUGUGAAGCAUCGAGGUGCCCAACACCCCCGAGCAUGGUGUUUUCAAGCUCAGUUCUAUUCCUGUCAGAAGGUUUUCUGUGAGCAGAACCCGGUGUCCUGGCCACUGCACGCAGUGGCGUCCGCUCGUCCCCUUUUAAGGAAGAGACUUUUUUUAAUCUCUGACACCUAUAAGAGCCAAAGUUUGAAUUUAUAAGGCAUCAUUUUGGGGUUCCUGGCACAUUUGACCUGGCUAACUACAGCCAGAAGAAAAUAAAAGGUCUCCGUGUUUUAAAGGAGUCUGAGCCAUGUGGGAAUUUGCAUUCUUAAGUCAGUGCUAAUAUUAGAGGGGAGAGUGACACCGGCCAGAUGCAAAGUCGGUUCAGAACUGAAUUGUGCCCAUCAUGACCCCUUCUGUCCCCGUCUGGUCCUUUUGUUGUUGUUUGAGACAGGGUUUCCCUGGGUAGCCCUGGCUGUCCUGGAACUCACUCUGUAGACCAGGCUGGCCUUGAACUCACAGAGAUUUGUCUGCCUCUGCCUCCCGAGUCGGGUGCUGGGGUUAAAGUGGUGUGCCACCACGACCCAGCUCACAUCUGGUCCUUUCUAUUCGACUUUGGAAAUGAUUUACAUCUUAUUUUAAAGCAGGAAAAAUGCUCUUCGCCUCUAUAUUAGGGGUUUAUUUUUGUAAGCUGUUUUGUUUGUUUUUUAAUGUGGUUGGGGAUGAGAUGGGGCUGUGUGUAUGUUGGCAGGCUUGCUACCACUGAGAUGUAGCCCAGCCCCUGCAAUAACUCUAAAAGUGACAGCCAUACAUCUAUCCGGGCUCUGAAACCUGAAGCAGUUUCAAGAUUCUGGCAAUAAUUUCACAAGGGCCUGUGAGGUGUCUUUUUUUUUUUUUUUUGGUCAGUGUUUUGCUAUGUAACCCAGGCUAGCUUUGAACUCCAUCCCUCUGCCUCAGCUUGCGAUUGCUGAGACAAAGAUAAUAUUUUGAAGCAGUGACUGGCUCUUGGCAGUUACAAAGGUGGCACAAAGAGGACCCCAUGCCCUCCCCAAGGCCCCAGCAGCCAAUACCUCACAGUCUCAGAAAGAGGAGGCUGACCCAACCCACCUGUUUUCAAUGCACAUUAAUUUUGUAAUUUGUAUUUCAUUCGAGUAACUUUGCUGUCACAGUGUAUCUAAAGUCAACCAUCCUGGGGCCCCUUCAGGUGAUCAGCCUGCUGGGUAAAAUGGAGGGCUUUCCCUCGGGUUUGUGGAAGUUGGGGUAGAGAAGCAUCAGUUUGGAUGUGUAUCUGUGGUCACAAUCUUAAGUGUGUUGCUCAAUUGAACCUUAGCAUCCUAACAGAAGAACGAGACCAACGCUGACGACCCUGAAUGACACUCUGUAGUUUCCAUCUCCUCAGUGGUGAAUAAUAGAAAUUCCUAUGACCCUGAAUGACACUUUGUAGUUUCCAUCUCUUCAGUGGUGAAUAACAGAAAUUCCUUCCAUAGUUUGCUGUUAAAAAAGGGAAACUAGAGGUGUGGUUAAGGGAAGAUGGCUCAGCAGACACAGGAAUUUGUCCCCAAGCCUGAUGAAUGAGAGUGCUAUCCCUAGGACUCAUGUGGUUGAAAGAAAGGACCAACUUCCAAAAGUUGACCUCUGACUUUCCUACGCCGUGGCACAUGUGCGCACGCACACAAAACACACAGAACUCGAUGUAAGAAACUAGAAAGCAGGGCGGUGGUGGCGCACACCUGUAACUCGGGAGCCAGAGGCAGGUGGAUCUCUGUGAGUUCGAGGCCAGCCUGAUCUACAGAGUGAGUUCCAGGCCAGCCAGGGCUACAUAGUGAGACCUUGUCUCAAAACAACAGAAAAUAAAUAGAGUGAGAGCUAAGCUGUAUUUUUCCUGUUAUUGGGAAGGAAGAGCUGAAAUUAACAGCCACCUGGGAGCUUCUGCCAGCCUGGGGGGGGGUGUUGCCUUCCCACCUAGCCCCUCCCAAACUCUGCCCUCCUGCCUCCAACCCCUGUGGGUCCAGUUGAGUCCCAGAGACUCAAAGCAGCUCUUGGAUUUUUGGGAGGGGGGCGGGGUUCCAGACAGGGUUUCUGUGUAGCCCUGACUGUCCUGGAAGUUGCUCUGUAGACCAGGCUGGCCUCAAACUCAGAGAUAUGCUUGUCUCUGACUCCGGGAUUAAAGGUGUGUGCCAGCACUGCCAGGCUGCAUCUUGGCGAUUUUUAUAAAAUAAUACCAGGACGCUUUCUGUGUGUGUGCAGUAUCUGUGACAUACUUAAACAUUGCCAAAACGCUAGACUACUCGAGCCUCUUGGGGCAGGGUUUCUCUUUACAUCACUUUCAGUUGAACGUGUCUAUAAUCCUGCACCGCAGGGCAUAUUUGUAUAUAUUGCAAUUUGAAAACAACUAAACAGAUUCUUCGAACAGUGUUGUUUUAGUCUUUUACCUGUUUUGUUAUUCUUCUGCCUAACCACUUUUUGUUUUUAUAACUACUGGGGAGGCCACUGGACUCUUGCGCUGUAGCUAGGUUCCCCCGGCUGGCUGCUGCACACUUGAGUUUAUUGUCCCCCCUGGGCUCUGAGUAAGUUGCUCGAAUACAGCUGUCAUGAUUGUUUCUCUCUAUUCUCUCCUAAGAGAAAAGAAUCUCUGCCUGUCAUCCCCCAGUUGUGCCCUCAUGUCUGCCUAGCUAAUAAAUGUUAUGAUUUUUCUCA